AUGGGAAUCAAAUCCAUAAUUUCAGCUCUGUUUCUUCUUCAAGCAAUCAUCAUCAAUGGCGCCAUAGCUCAAUCUCCAGAUUUCGGCAUUUAUAAGUGCAGAAACAACACCAAUUUCACCACCCUUACUUACCCAAAAACCCUAGAAGCUGCACUCGCUUCCCUCACUGGAAACGUCGCAAUCCACGGUGGUUUUUAUCAUUCCUCCGCCGGAAACAAUACCGAUACACCGGUUAACGCCGUCGCGUUGUGUCGAGGUGAUAUCGGACCGCAAGACUGCGAGGAUUGUGUGAAGAGUUCGAUCCCGUCGCUCCGGCGGAAUUGCCCUAACCAGAAGCAAGCGGCGGCGUGGUACACGAAUUGUAUGGUGCGUUACUCCGAUCAUAACAUUCUCGGAGUUAUCGAUAAUUGGACAUUUUAUGAGUUAUGGAACACGGCGAUCGUUUCCGAUGUCGAUGAGUUCAAUAAGGCUCUGAAUAAUUUGGCAACUAGGUUACAACCGGAAGCUGCCGGAGGAGAUUCGUUUCGGAAGAUGGCGGUCGGAAAUAUAACUUUUGGGCCGGAUUCGUGGACGAUCUACGGGAUGAUGCAAUGUACUCCUGAUUUAUCCAGAGACCAGUGCAGAGAAUGUUUGAAUGAUACAAUCACCGGAAUCCAUAGCUGUUGCAGCGGCAGCGUCGCAGCAAGGGUGUUUUAUCCGAAUUGCUUCUUUCGGUACUCCAAUGAACAUUUCUACCACGAUCCUCCGCUGAUCUCCGCCCUAUCGCCGCCGUCUAAGUUCACUUCAGGCAAAAAAAGCAACACCGUUUAUGUGGUGGUUCCGGUAAUCUGUGUUUCUUUGGGGCUAAUUGCAAUCGGAAUCUGGUUCUUCCUUACAAAAACACGGCCAAACGACGCCGUAUCAAAGAAAGAGUCCAUCAGCAGCUUUUCUUCUCUACUUGCAGAACAGAAACCGAUUUCGACAAAUGAUUCUUCAGUUGAAAUGGAGAUUGUAACGAUACAGUCUUUGCAAUAUGAUUUGCUGACGAUCGAAGUUGCGACAAACUACUUUUCUCCAAAAAACAAGAUCGGUAGAGGCGGGUUUGGUCUCGUCUAUAAGGGUGUUCUUCCAAAGGGGCAAGAAGUAGCGGUGAAGAGACUAUCGGAAACAUCCGGGCAAGGCGUAGAAGAAUUUGUAAACGAAGCUGUUUUAGUGGCGAAGCUUCAACACCGAAAUCUCGUUAGGCUUUUAGGGUUUUGCCAUGAAGCGAAGGAGAAGAUCCUCAUUUACGAAUAUGUUCCGAAUAAAAGUCUAGACUACUUUUUGUUCGAUCCCGUUAAGCAUGGACAUUUGGAUUGGACGACACGGUGGAAAAUAGUUGGAGGGAUUACGAGAGGAAUGCUUUAUCUACACGAAGAUUCACGGUUACGGAUCAUCCAUCGAGAUCUCAAAGCUAGUAAUAUCUUACUAGAUCAGGACAUGAAUGCAAAAAUCUCGGAUUUUGGAUUGGCUAGGAUUUUUGGAGUAGAUCAAACGCUCGGAAACACGAAGAAAAUUGCCGGAACUCUUGGAUAUAUGGCACCGGAGUAUGCAAUGCAUGGUCAUUUCUCGGUAAAAUCAGACGUGUUCAGCUUCGGUGUCAUAGUUCUUGAGGUUGUUAGUGGUCGGAGAAACUCUAGCUUCUAUCAACGAGAUGAUGUCGGGGACCUCCUACUCUUUGCUUGGAAAAAGUGGAUGAGCGGAAGCCCGUUGGAGCUAUUGGACCCGAGAAUUGCGGAAUCUUAUUCGAGAAACGAAGUGAUCAGGUGCAUCAACAUCGGGUUAUUAUGUGUGCAAGAAGAGGCAGAUGCAAGGCCUUCCAUGGCUUCAAUUCAGAACAUGCUCAAUAACAACUCGAUUACUUUACCAACACCAAGCAAACCUCCGUAUUUUCUUUCCAAAGCGCUCAUGUUAGAUAUCUCUGGGGAUGUCGAUAAGUCAAUUCCCAUGGUUAAUUCCGAAGACGAAUCAUCGAUCACCAAAAUGCAUCCUCGGUAACCAAUGAAAUCGUAGUUAUUUCAUGUACAAAUGUAACGAUGGUCAAACAUAAUACCCAUUUUUUCUUUCGGGUUUUUGAUCCGCGUGUUUGGGUUCGACCCCGGUUGGUAACGUAAAAUGCAACUACAAAGAGGAAUCGAUUAUUUUUACCCGUUUACCGUCCAUCAUGGGAAAGGAAAAUUGUU